UCAAUUUCAUCAUCAGCAAUUGAAUAAACUCGUGGACGUAAUUUUGGAGUAAUUUUAAUAGUAUUUUAACAUUAAUAAUAAGUUUUAAAUAAUUUUAUAAUGAUGACGACCUGUCAGAGUGAUAACGAGUUGAAGAAAUUACUUCACAGUCCAGCGAAAAGUUCGAAUUAUGAUAAAUUAUCAAUGGCACCUCCACUGUCUACAAAUGUUCCAAGACCAAGUACAUCACAAAACACAAAUCCACAAUUGUUAAUGACACCAUUAGCACCAGUUGGUGCUCCUCCUAAAGAUGAACCACCUGAACCAGUUGUCCAAAAUGUUGUGUCGACAAUAAAUCUUGGCUGUGAAUUAGAUUUAAUGAAAAUAUAUGCUCGUGUUAGAGCAGCUGAAUAUAAUCCAGCUCGUUUUACUGGACUAGUCAUGAAAAUAAUAAGUCCAAAAACAACAGCAUUAAUAUUUAGAUCUGGUAAAAUGGUUUGUACUGGUUCAAGAAGUGAAAAUGAUUCAUUUUUAGCUGCUAGAAAAUUUGCUCGUAUCAUACAAAAAAUUGGCUUUCCAGUAAAAUUUUUAGAUUUUAAAAUACAAAAUAUGGUUGCAACUUGUGAUCUUAAAUUUCCAAUUAAAAUUGAAGAUUUUACAUCUAGUCAUAAUAAUUUUUGUUCUUACGAGCCUGAAUUAUAUCCUGGAGUUAUUUAUAGACUUGUAAAACCAAGAGUUGUGUUAUUAAUAUUUGUCAAUGGAAAAAUUGUUGUUACUGGAGCAAAAACACGUGAUGAUAUUCAAAAUGCACUUCAUCAAAUUUACAGAUCUUUAAAAACUUAUCGUAAAUAUUAA